AGUAUGACGGAGGAAAGUGGAAACUAAGUUUCUUCAUCCUAAACAUCUUUCUUAUUGGUUUAUCUUCUGAGAUUGCAAGGUCGGGUUUUUUUUAACUCGACCUCCUGGGUAGACCAAAAACACCUUCUUUAAUUUGGAACAUCAUAGUCUUUCUGAAAUUUCUUAGCGUUGGGCAUGAACGCCAUACCUGUUGAAGCUUCUGUUCCCGGAGAAAAUGCUAGAAGUGAACAUACUUCCAGCUGUAUAGGAAAUAAUGAGAAACAGUCGUCUGACUGUAAUGAAAGAGUGAUUCAAGGUGUGAAAACGGUAGAUACCGACAUUGGAAAAACAGAAGUCAGUGAUAAUAAUCCAAACACAGUCUUCGACGUCCAUCCUCGGAAAAUGACAGACACAUCAGCAAAUUUGGACGACAUAGGUGUCAUGAAUCAUCAUGGUAGUAUCAGUUUCCAUACCCAAGAGAUGGUGCUGAAGAAAAAUGAUGAUAAGAGGAUAAACGAAGCUGAGGAUGAAUCAACAGAAGUUGCGCAUAAGGAAGGGGUGAG